AUUUUUAUAUAAUACAUCGUAUGAACGAUCGACAAAUCCGUAUCUGAAUAAAUUAAAAGCCUAUUCGUCAAAACAAAGCCUUAAUAUGAGAAAGGUACACGACUUUCAGGAUCUUAUUAUGCUAAGCCUCUGCACAUUAUAAUAUACAUAUAAUCAAUAUGAAAUACAAAAAGCUUCUAUUCAUAUAAUGUUUCGAAAACAACUCAUCAUUUUAGCUAUUGUUAUUCUAGUUCUCUCCCCAACUUUUACCUAUUCUGCAGAUGAUGUAAUCAAAAAUGAUUUAUCUGGGGGCAGGAUAUUACUUUCUAUUGUCAAGAUGGAACAAGCCAAAGUUGUUGCUCCCAACUAGCGCACCGAAUCUCAAGUGACCAUCUCUCCCGAUGCGCUUCAAUUGUUCUGAUAAAUCAUAGUGGUUAUAAUAUGACUUUGGAAGUUGAAAAUCUCGAAGAUGGCCGCUGGCUCACACAAGAAGAUUAUGUUCAUUAUGUUGGUGCCAACAGCACUAACAUAAACUGCCAGCCACGUAAUCUUACAGAUAAUGAGAACGAGACUAUUUCUAGUGUUACGAGUCAUUUUCUCGGUGGAGUGAAAGGCUUUGCUAGUUUCCUCAUACAUGACGAUAUGACGAGUAAAUUAAAUAUCUCCUGGGAAGUUCCUACAAUUGGCACACCUCAAUACGAAUUUAAUUUUCUUGGCGAAUUAUCUUAUCAGCAUUAUGUUGUUAAUAAGAACAAAACCUUUGAUGAUACAGUCUACCAAAUUAUAAUUAAUAAAAUUAAAAUUAAUGAAAAUAAGACAAUGUCACCACCCAUUUCAUUCAUUAUUGCCAUUGGGCUCCCUGUCAUUGUAGUAAUUAUUAUUGGAAUUCUUGUCAUAGCAUUAUGGUUUAACACACCUACACGUAUACAACCUAGGCCAGCGCCUGCAGGUUUUCACACACGUGGACAACGCAUUAGGCCAGGACCACCUGCAGAACACUGA